AUGUCGCUACCAGCCAAACUGGAUCUGGGGGUCGACGAAGGGCAUGUUGAUGCCGUGAUUGAUACCACUGAAACGGACAAGUAUUUCUUUUUCGAUUGUCCUUUUGUUCACGAAGUAUGGCGAAACCUUGCAACUCAAUUUUCUCUAAGCUCUUUGGUUCAGUGGGACCACAUCUCUACUUUGUCGAGAAUACCACCACAUCCAACCUCCGACACCCGUAUUACAGGCACCACCAUUAUUGCUUGCGGUGUGCUGGCCAUAUGGAAAGCCCAUUGGCAAUUCAUCUACAACGACGAGCGUUUUCAAGCACAAGCUGUUGCUGCCAAGGCUGCCACCACCAUACAUCAAAUUGAACAAGAGCACAACCUCUUAGCUAGAAAUGUCUGA